AACUUCCUACAACAUAAAGUCUUCACUUCUUAAAUUUGCAUAUCAUCUUUUAACCUGCUGUAGCCACAGAAACAUUUCUUCCUAGCUUUGCAGUCGCAUGAGAUUUGAGAGAGAAAGAUAGAAAGAAAAUAAAAAAAACCAUUAAUUCUGUUGCUACGGGGGUAAGAUUACAGUUGGAAGAGAAAAAAUGAAAAAACUAUGAUAGAAAAGUAAUAUUUAUUUGUCGCUGCCAAAAAUCGUAAUUUUACAGUGUAAUAAGUGAAUGUUUUCAAAAAACAUAUGACUGCUGAGAAGGAUGACUACAAAAUAUGUUUCACUUGAAAAUAUUAUGUUAUUUUUUAUUCUACGUUUAUUCAUUUAUUUAUUUUUUAUUUUGGACAGGCCGCUUUAGUGGCGAAAUCGUGUUUUUAACAGCGCAACAUCGGAUAUCUUUCACCGGGCCGUUAAAUAAUGUAUCGUGGCGUUUAUUGAGUGGCCUCAAGGCGACCAGUUGACAGCUGCAAGUAAACGUGCCGAUCACUUGUAAAUGCCAUGGUAUCAACCAAUCACAUCCGUCAAUGCUUACGGCGCAUGAAUAAAUAUACCUAUGAUAUUCCGUCAGAGCUUUCUUGUUUCCCAGGUUUCCAGGUCGUUUUCGAUUUAUACAGUCUUAACUUCGAGAUUCAUCGCUGAUUAUAAUUAUGAAUGAAAUCUUGCGUACUCAACAUGACUGUAUGUGAAAAGUGAUGAAGAUCCUACGCUAAUUUAGUCAAAGAUUCUGAUUCCUUGAUUUAUAUAACUAGUCUCACUCCAUUUACUGUAAGUUUACUAGCUAUAUGUUGAUUAGUUUUCUCUCUUUUAAUCUACGUAACGAACUUCGGACAAUUACCCGAGAGAGCCCCAUUGUUCCCGUGACAGCCCCGUGACGGUCAAGAAGGACAUGCCCGUGACAGCCUUCACAAGGUGCUCGUCCCGGGGUGCUCGUUUGACCGUCACGGGUUUUCCGCUAACAUCAUAUCGAUUCCCAUUGUUCUAGAAAUUUAUUUAUCCACCUACCCAAAAAACAAGUUCAAUUGCAGCUUGCUAAAUUUCAGUUUCGACAUUUCUUCAUUUCACUUUUGUUGAAUGCGCUUGAUUUAAAAUUCAAAUUGCCACAAGGAAAAAUAUUCCACGAUGUCAAGAUUAUUAUCGAAAAUGAAAAUUCUCGGAGUUGAGAUCCUGGUUUGAACCUUCGUCUUGGCAUUAUAAUUAACGGUUAAAUGCUGGUGAAGAAGAUUAUUACGGGCCACUGAAAUAGAAAUAUGGAUUCGUUUGGGAAAGAAGCUCUGGAAGCCCACAACAACUUUAGAAAAGCUCAUCAAGCUCCUCCACUCACAUGGUCCAGCGCCCUUGCACGAGACGCCGAGGCAUGGGCCAAGCAAAUUGCGCGCGAAGGCCGACUACGCCAUGACGACACGAAAGAUGGCGAAAAUGUUUUUAUGGUGUUUGGGCGGGAAAUUGACGGUAACGACGCUGUAAACAGCUGGUACAGCGAAGUGAAAGACUACAACUUUAGCAAAUCUGGUUACCAGUCGAACACCGGUCACUUCACACAAGUCGUUUGGAAAGGGAGCAAAGAGCUGGGAAUAGGCAGGGCUAAGAGUGCCGACGGGAAGGUGUUCGUGGUAGGCCGUUACAGGCCGGCGGGAAAUAACAUGAGGGCUUUUAAAGAAAAUGUCUUCCCGUCAAAGGACGGGCCAGUAAAAAUUCCCGAAAAGGAACAGUCUAAGAAAUGCUCCACACCUGUGCACCAGCGGCAGAAACACGAGGAACGACCUACUGGAGCUGGCGAGCAUCGUAGAGAGGAAACGGUUGUGACGUAUCCGGAUGGUACUAAGAAGACUGUAGUAUCCACGGUAACAGUGACUUUAAAAGGAAAUAGUAAGUGGAAGUAAUAGUGAGAAAAACAACAACAACAACAACAACACCACAACCAACCAAACCAACAAACAAACAGAGGAACCACUAAUUGUGUCGCGGUCGUGAACGAGUUACGGUUUGAGAUCAAUGUCAUCUUGCCGUUCCUAGUGGGACUGUUAUAUUCGGCACAGAACAAAGAUGAGAAGCCAGGCAUAUUGUCGCUAGCAGCGGUACAGUCCUACAAGGGACCAGAUUUCUUAUCUUUUCUACUGUGAUGACAUCUGAAUCAAUAAAAUACCAAUACAUCCGUGCUAAGUAUACGGGCGACGAGAAUACAAGCAUUAAUCGACCCCAGGGACAUGCGGCGCUGCUUGGAACUAAUUUAUAUGAAAAUCUAUAACAAA